AGAGACUCUCGAUUCGGGCGGCGGCGCUUGGCCAUGUCGUGUCGGGGAAGGUAAUGAGCCGCAGAGCCCCGGGGUCUCGGCUGAGCAGCGGCGGCGGCGGCACCAAGUAUCCGCGGAGCUGGAAUGACUGGCAACCCAGAUUGACUUGAUGCAAAACAUCACAAAGGCUCCAUAUUAUACAGUAUGCGAUUUUUGAGAACUGAUAGUGCAUCAGCCGACCCAGAUAAUUUAAAAUAUUCAUCUAGAGAUCGGGGCAGUUCUGCCUCGUAUGGACUACAAUCUUCAAAUUCAGCUGUGGUGUCUCGUCAAAGGCACGAUGAUAUCAGAGUCCAUACUGACAUACAGAAUGACGAAAAAGGUGGCUACAAUGUCAAUGGAGGAUCUGGGGAAAAUACUUAUGGUCGGAAGUCGUUGGGGCAAGAGCUGAGAGUUAACAAUGUGACCAACCCUGAUUUCACCAGUAUUCAGCAUGGAAAUCGUGCUUUAGCCACAAAAGACAUGAGGAAAUCACAGGAGCGAUCGUUGUCUUACUCUGAUGAGUCUCGACUGUCAAAUCUUCUUCGGAGGAUUACUCGGGAAGAUGACAGAGACCGGAGACUGGCUACUGUAAAGCAGUUGAAAGAAUUCAUUCAGCAACCAGAAAAUAAGCUGGUACUAGUUAAACAGCUAGAUAAUAUCUUGGCUGCUAUACAUGAUGUGCUUAAUGAGAGUAGCAAAUUACUUCAAGAAUUGAGACAGGAGGGAGCUUAUUGUCUUGGCCUUCUUUGUGCUUCCCUAAGCUAUGAGGCUGAGAAAAUCUUCAAAUGGAUUUUUAGCAAAUUUAGCUCAUCUGCAAAAGAUGAAGUUAAACUUCUUUACUUAUGUGCCACCUACAAAGCACUAGAGACUGUAGGAGAAAAGAAGGCUUUUUCAUCUGUAAUGCAGCUUGUAAUGACCAGCCUACAGUCCAUUCUAGAAAAUGUGGAUACACCGGAAUUACUCUGCAAAUGUGUAAAGUGCAUACUCUUGGUGGCUCGAUGUUACCCUCAUAUUUUCAGCACAAAUUUUAGGGAUACGGUUGAUAUAUUAGUUGGAUGGCAUAUUGAUCAUACUCAGAAACCUUCUCUGACUCAGCAGGUGUCUGGAUGGUUACAGAGUCUGGAGCCAUUUUGGGUAGCCGAUCUUGGAUUUUCUACCACUCUUCUUGGUCAGUUUCUGGAGGAUAUGGAGGCAUAUGCUGAGGACCUCAGCCAUGUGGCCUCUGGGGAGUCAGUAGAUGAAGAUAUUCCACCUCCGUCAGUAUCACUACCAAAAUUAGCAGCACUUCUUCGAGUAUUCAGUACUGUGGUGAGAAGUAUUGGAGAGCGCUUCAGUCCAAUCAGAGGUCCUCCAAUUACAGAAGCAUAUGUAACAGAUGUACUGUACAGAGUAAUGAGAUGUGUAACUGCUGCAAACCAAGUAUUUUUUUCUGAGGCAGUUCUGACAGCUGCCAAUGAAUGUGUUGGUGUUUUGCUUGGUAGCUUAGACCCUAGCAUGUCUAUACAUUGUGACAUGGUCAUCACAUAUGGAUUAGAUCAGUUGGAGAAUUGCCAGACUUGUGGUACCGAUUAUAUUAUCUCAGUCUUGAAUUUGCUCACAUUGAUUGUUGAACAGAUAAAUACAAAAUUACCAUCAUCAUUCGUAGAAAAACUGUUUAUACCAGCAUCUAAACUACUACUUCUGCGUUAUCAUAAAGAAAAAGAGGUUGUUGCUGUAGCUCAUGCUGUAUAUCAAGCUGUACUCAGCCUGAAGAAUAUUCCUGUUUUGGAGACUGCCUACAGGUUAAUUUUGGGAGAAAUGACCUGUGCACUGAACAAUCUCCUGCAUAACUUACAACUUCCUGAAGCCUGUUCUGAAAUCCAGCAUGAUGCUUUUAAGAACCAUGUAUUCAAUGUAGACAAUGCAAAAUUUGUAGUUAUAUUUGACCUCAGUGCAUUAACCACAAUUGGAAAUGCCAAAAAUUCUUUAAUUGGGAUGUGGGCACUGUCUCCAACGGUCUUUGCACUACUUAGUAAGAAUCUAAUGAUUGUGCAUGGUGACCUAGCUGUCCAUUUUCCUGCUAUUCAAUAUGCAGUUCUUUACACCUUAUAUUCACAUUGUACCAGGCAUGAUCACUUUAUAUCUAGUAGUCUUAGCUCUUCUUCCCCAUCAUUGUUUGAUGGAGCAGUAAUUAGUACUGUAACAACAGCCACAAAGAAGCAUUUCUCCAUCAUAUUAAACCUCUUGGGAAUUUUACUAAAGAAAGAUAACCUUAAUCAGGAUACCAGGAAACUGCUAAUGACUUGGGCUUUGGAAGUUGCUGUUCUAAUGAAAAAGUCUGAAACAUAUGCACCUUUAUUCUCUCUUCCAUCUUUCCAUAAGUUUUGCAAAGGACUUCUGGCAAACACCCUUCUUGAAGAUGUGAAUAUCUGUCUUCAAGCAUGCAGCAGCCUACAUGCCCUAUCAUCUUCCUUGCCAGAUGACCUUUUACAAAGGUGUGUUGAUGUAUGUCGUGUCCAGCUAGUCCAUAGUGGAACUCGUAUUCGGCAAGCCUUUGGAAAGUUGUUGAAAUCUAUUCCUUUGGAUGUUGUCCUAAGCAAUAGCAACCACACAGAAAUACAAGAAAUUUCUUUAGCUAUAAGAAGUCACAUGAGCAAAGCUCCAAGUAAUACAUUUCACCCACAAGAUUUCUCUGACGUCAUUAGUUUUAUUUUGUAUGGGAAUUCUCAUAGGACUGGGAAGGACAAUUGGUUAGAGAGGUUGUUCUACAGUUGCCAAAGGCUGGAUAAGCGUGACCAAUCAACUAUUCCACGAAACCUACUGAAGACAGAUGCUGUUCUUUGGCAGUGGGCUAUUUGGGAAGCUGCUCAAUUCACUGUUCUUUCUAAGUUAAGAACCCCACUAGGCAGAGCACAAGAUACAUUCCAGACAAUUGAAGGUAUCAUUAGAAGUCUUGCAGCCCACACAUUAAACCCUGAUCAAGAUGUUAGCCAGUGGACAACAGCAGACAAUGAUGAAGGACAUAGCAGCAACCAACUUAGGCUUGUUCUUCUUCUGCAAUAUUUAGAAAAUCUGGAAAAACUAAUGUAUAAUGCAUAUGAAGGAUGUGCUAAUGCACUAACUUCACCUCCUAAGGUCAUUAGGACAUUUUUCUAUACCAACCGCCAAACUUGUCAGGACUGGCUAACUCGGAUUAGACUUUCCAUCAUGAGAGUUGGAUUGUUGGCAGGUCAACCUGCUGUGACUGUAAGACAUGGCUUUGAUUUGCUUACUGAAAUGAAGACCAAUAAUAUAUCUCAGGGAAAUGAACUAGAAGUAACAAUUAUGAUGGUAGUAGAAGCACUGUGUGAACUACAUUGUCCUGAAGCCAUACAAGGACUAGCUGUAUGGUCCUCUUCAGUUGUUGGAAAGAAUCUUGUAUGGAUUAAUUCAGUGGCACAACAGGCAGAAGGAAGGUUUGAAAAGGCUACCAUUGAGUACCAGGAGCACUUGUGUGCCAUGACAGGUGUAGAUUGCAGCAUAACUGGAUUUGAUAAAUCAGUCUUGAAGUUGGCCAACUCGAAUAGUAAUAAUGCUAGUCCAAAGCAUUCUCUGAAUGGUGAAGCUAGAAAAACUGUCCUGGCUAAGCCAAGUGAUUCUUCCCCUGAGGUUAUAAAUUACUUGGGCAAUAAGGCAUGUGAAUGUUAUAUCUCAAUUGCUGAUUGGGCUGCUGUACAGGAAUGGCAGAAUGCUGUCCAUGACUUGAAAAAGAGCACAAGUAGUACUUCCCUCAACUUAAAAGCUGAUUUCAACUACAUAAAGUCACUAAGCAGCUUUGAGUCUGGAGAAUUUAUUGAAUGUACUGAACAAUUAGAAUUAUUACCAGGAGAAAACAUUAACUUGCUUACUGGAGGAUCAAAAGAAAAAAUAGUUCUUUGCUACUACAAAAAGCGCGACUAUAAAUAUUUUGAUAUGAAAAAACUACUUCCUAACAUGUUAAGUCCAGAUCCAAGGGAACUUCAGAAAUCCAUUGAAGUUCAGUUGUUGAGAAGUUCAGUUUGUUUGGCAACUGCUGUAAAUCAUAUAGAACAAGAACAGAAGUGGCAAUCUAUAACUGAAAAUGUUGUAAAAUACUUGAAGCAAACAUCACGUAUAGCUAUUGGACCUUUGAGGCUCUCUACACUAACUGUUUCACAGUCUUUGCCAGUUUUAAGCACUCUACAACUAUAUUGUUCAUCUGCUUUGGAGAAUACUGUGUCAAACAGGCUUUCAACAGAGGACUGUCUAAUCCCACUUUUUAGUGAAGCUUUGCGUUCAUGUAAGCAACAUGAUGUAAGACCAUGGAUGCAUGCAUUAAGAUAUACUGUGUAUCAGAGUCAGUUACUUGAAAAAAUUAAAGAGCAAACUGUUCCAAUUAGAAGUCACCUUAUGGAACUGGGCCUAACAGCAGCAAAAUUUGCCAGAAAACGGGGAAAUGUAGCACUGGCCACAAGAUUACUUGCACAGUGUAGUGAAGUCCAAUUGGGAAAAACUACUACUGCUCAAGAUUUAGUCCAGUAUUUUAAAAAAUUGUCGACACAAGGUCAAGUAGAUGAAAAAUGGGGACCUGAGCUUGAUAUAGAAAAAACCAAACUCUUAUAUACAGCAGGUCAGUCAACACAUGCGAUGGAAAUGUUGAGUUCUUGUGCCAUAGCCUUUUGCAAGUCUGCUAAAGCGGAAUAUGCAGUAGCUAAAUCAAUUCUUACUCUGGCUAAGUGGAUCCAAGCAGAAUGGAAAGAAAUUUCAGGGCAGUUGAAACAGGUAUACAGAGCCCAACAGCAACAGAAUUUCACAGGUCUUUCUACUUUGUCUAAAAACAUACAUACUUUGAUUGCACUACCAUCUGUCAAUGCAGUAGAAGAGGAAUAUCCCCGGAUUGAGAGUGAAUCUACAGUAAAUAUUGGAGUUGGGGAACCAGACUUCAUAUUGGGGCAAUUGUAUCACCUCUCUUCAGUUCAAGCUCCUGAGGUUGCCAAAUCUUGGGCAGCCCUGGCUAGUUGGGCAUACAGAUGGGGCAGAAAGGUGGUUGAUAAUGCUAGUCAAGGAGAAGGUGUCCGCCUACUACCUAGAGAGAAGUCUGAGGUUCAGAAUCUACUUCCAGACAACAUAGCUGAAGAAGAUAGAGAAAAAAUAUAUGGUAUUCUUGGUCAGGCUGUAUGCCGGCCAGCCGGAAUUCAGGAUGAAGAUAUAACACUUCAGAUAACUGAGAGUGAAGACAAUGAAGAAGAUGAUAUGGUCGAUGUUAUCUGGCGCCAGUUAUUGGCAAGCUGUCCAUGGCUUUCAGAUCUCGAUGAAAAUGCAACAGAGGGGCUAAUUAAAGUGUGGCGGAAAGUUGUAGAUAGAAUCUUUAGCCUCUACAAACUAUCCUGUAGUGCAUAUUUUACUUUUCUUAAACUCAAUGCUGGACAGGUUCCUCUAGAUGAAGAUGAUCCCAGAUUGCAUUUAAGUAAUAGGUCUGAACAGAGUACUGAUGAUGUUAUUGUAAUGGCAACAUUAAGAUUGUUGAGAUUACUUGUAAAACAUGCUGGAGAACUUAGACAGUAUCUGGAACAUGGCUUGGAAACAACACCCACUGCACCUUGGAGAGGUAUUAUUCCACAGCUUUUCUCCCGUUUAAACCACCCUGAAGUAUAUGUUCGCCAAAGUAUUUGUAACCUACUCUGUCGAGUGGCUCAGGACUCCCCUCACCUUAUCUUGUAUCCUGCAAUAGUGGGUACUAUUUCACUUAGUACUGAAUCACAGUCUUCAGGGAACAAACUUCCUUCUGCAAUUCCUACCUUGCUAGGCAAUAUUCAAGGUGAAGAAUUAUUGGGUACUGAGUGUGAAGGAGGAAGUCCCCCAGCUUCUCAAGAUAGUAAUAAGGAUGAGCCUAAAAAUGGAUUAAAUGAAGACCAAGCUAUGAUGCAAGAUUGCUACAGCAAAAUUGUAGAAAAGCUAUCUUCAGCAAAUCCAACAAUGGUGUUACAGGUCCAAAUGCUAGUAGCAGAGCUUCGCAGGGUUACUGUCCUUUGGGAUGAGCUUUGGUUAGGAGUUCUACUACAACAGCACAUGUAUGUUUUGAGAAGAAUUCAGCAAUUAGAAGAUGAAGUGAAGAGAGUCCAAAACAACAACACAUUGCGCAAAGAGGAAAAAAUUGCUAUCAUGCGUGAGAAGCACACUGCUUUGAUGAAACCUAUUGUAUUUGCAUUGGAACAUGUACGGAGCAUUACAGCAGCCCCUGCAGAAACUCCUCACGAAAAAUGGUUUCAGGACAAUUAUGGUGAUGCAAUUGAAAAUGCUCUAGAAAAAUUGAAGAAUCCAUCCAAUCCUGCAAAGCCAGGAAGUAGCUGGAUCCCUUUUAAAGAGGUGAUGCUAAGUUUACAGCAGAGAGCACAAAAACGUGCUAGUUACAUCUUACGUCUUGAAGAAAUUAGUCCUUGGUUGGCUGCCAUGACUAACACUGAAAUUGCCCUUCCUGGAGAAGUAUCUGCCAGAGAUACAGUUACAAUUCACAGUGUUGGUGGUACCAUCACAAUCUUGCCUACUAAAACCAAACCAAAGAAACUUCUCUUUCUAGGUUCAGAUGGGAAAAACUACCCUUAUCUUUUCAAAGGACUAGAAGAUUUGCACCUAGAUGAGAGAAUUAUGCAAUUCUUGUCUAUUGUGAAUACUAUGUUUGCUACAAUUAAUCGUCAAGAGACUCCUCGUUUUCAUGCUAGACAUUAUUCUGUAACACCACUAGGAACCAGGUCAGGUCUGAUCCAGUGGGUUGAUGGAGCUACACCUUUAUUUGGUCUUUACAAACGGUGGCAACAACGAGAAGCUGCUUUACAAGCACAAAAGGCUCAAGAUUCCUACCAAACCCCUCAAAAUCCCGGAAUAGUGCCUCGACCAAGUGAACUUUAUUAUAGUAAAAUUGGACCUGCCUUAAAAGCAGUUGGGCUUAGUCUUGAUGUUUCCCGUCGUGAUUGGCCUCUUAAUGUGAUGAAGGCUGUGUUAGAAGAACUAAUGGAGGCAACACCCCCAAAUCUUCUGGCUAAGGAGCUUUGGUCAUCUUGUACUACCCCUGACGAAUGGUGGAGAGUUACACAGUCCUAUGCAAGAUCUACCGCAGUCAUGUCUAUGGUUGGAUACAUAAUUGGCCUUGGAGAUAGACAUCUGGAUAAUGUUCUUAUAGACAUGACUACAGGAGAAGUUGUUCAUAUAGAUUAUAAUGUUUGCUUUGAAAAAGGUAAAAGCCUUAGAGUUCCAGAAAAAGUACCUUUCCGCAUGACACAUAAUAUUGAGACAGCCCUGGGUGUGACUGGAGUAGAAGGAGUUUUCAGGCUUUCUUGUGAGCAGGUCCUGCAUAUCAUGCGACGUGGAAGAGAGACUUUGCUUACAUUACUGGAAGCAUUUGUAUAUGAUCCCCUCGUCGACUGGACAGCUGGGGGAGAAGCAGGAUUUGCUGGAGCUGUCUAUGGUGGUGGUGGCCAACAAGCUGAAAACAAACAAAGUAAAAGAGAGAUGGAGAGAGACAUUACACGAAGCCUUUUCUCUUCCAGAGUUGCUGAAAUUAAGGUAAAUUGGUUUAAGAAUAGAGAUGAAAUGCUGGUCGUGCUUCCCAAGCUAGACAGCAGCUUAGAAGAAUAUCUGAACUUGCAAGAACAACUGACAGAUGUUGAAAAAUUACAAGGCAAACUCCUUGAGGAGAUUGAAUUCCUAGAAGGAGCUGAAGGAGUGGAUCAUCCUUCUCAUACUCUGCAGCACAGGUAUUCUGAACAUACACAACUGCAGACUCAGCAAAGAGCUGUUCAGGAAGCAAUCCAGGUGAAACUGAAUGAAUUUGAACAGUGGAUAACACAUUACCAGGCUGCAUUUAAUAAUUUAGAAGCAACACAACUUGCAAGUCUUCUUCAAGAGAUUAGCACACAAAUGGACCUUGGUCCUCCGAGCUAUGUACCAGCAACAGCUUUUCUUCAGAAUGCUGGUCAGGCCCAUUUGAUCAGCCAGUGUGAACAGCUAGAGGGAGAGGUCGGUGCUCUUCUACAGCAACGGCGGUCAGUGUUAAGAGGAUGUCUUGAGCAGUUGCAUCACUAUGCAACUGUAGCUCUUCAAUACCCCAAAGCAAUAUUUCAGAAACACCGAAUUGAACAAUGGAAGACUUGGAUGGAAGAACUUAUCUGUAACACAACAAUAGAACGUUGUCAGGAAUUAUACAGAAAAUAUGAAAUGCAGUAUGCUCCCCAACCUCCUCCAACAGUAUGCCAAUUCAUAACUGCCACAGAAAUGACUCUUCAGCGUUAUGCUGCAGAUAUCAACAGUCGACUUAUAAGACAAGUGGAAAGGUUGAAGCAAGAAGCUGUUACUGUGCCAGUUUGUGAAGAACAGUUGAAAGAAAUUGAACGUUGUAUUAAAGUUUUUCUACAUGAAAAUGGAGAAGAAGGGUCUUUGAGCCUAGCAAGUGUUAUUAUAUCUGCCCUCUGCACCCUUACAAGGCGUAAUCUAAUGAUGGAAGGUGCUGCAUCUAGUGCUGGAGAACAGCUUGUUGAUCUUACUUCACGGGAUGGAGCCUGGUUCUUAGAGGAAUUGUGUAGUAUGAGUGGAAAUGUUACAUGUCUUGUUCAGUUAUUGAAGCAGUGCCAUCUGGUCCCACAGGACUUAGAUAUUCCUAACCCAGUGGAAGCAUCUGAAGCAGUUCACUUAGCUAAUGGAGUAUAUACUUCACUUCAGGAAUUGAAUUCCAACUUUCGGCAAAUAAUAUUUCCAGAAGCACUUAGAUGUUUAAUGAAAGGAGAAUAUACAUUAGAAAGUAUGCUUCAUGAACUGGACACACUUAUUGAACAAACAACUGAUGGCGUCCCUUUACAGACAUUGGUUGAAUCUCUUCAGGCCUAUUUGAGAAAUGCAGCCAUGGGAUUAGAAGAAGAAACACAUGCUCAUUAUAUAGAUGUUGCAAGGAUACUGCAUGCUCAGUAUGGUGAAUUGAUUCAACCAAGAAAUGGUUCAGUUGAUGAAACACCCAAAAUGUCAGCUGGUCAGAUGCUUUUAGUUGCUUUUGAUGGAAUGUUUGCCCAAGUUGAAACAGCUUUUGGCUUACUAAUUGAAAAGUUAAAUAAGAUGGAAAUACCUGUAGCUUGGCGUAAGGUUGAUAUUAUAAGGGAAGCCAGAAGUACACAAGUUAAUUUUUUCGAUGAUGAUAAUCACCGGCAAGUUUUAGAAGAAAUUUUCUUUUUAAAACGAUUGCAGACAAUUAAAGAAUUCUUCAGACUCUGUGGUACUUUCUCAAAAACAUUGUCAGGGUCAAGUUCACUUGAAGACCAGAAUACUGUAAAUGGACCUGUACAGAUUGUCAAUGUAAAAACACUUUUUAGAAAUUCUUGUUUUAGUGAAGAUCAAAUGGCAAAACCCAUAAAGGCAUUUACAGCUGACUUUGUGAGACAGCUAUUAAUUGGACUCCCAAAUCAGGCCUUAGGGCUUACCCUUUGUAGUUUCAUCAGUGCUUUAGGCGUAGAUAUAAUUGCUCAAGUGGAAGCAAAGGACUUUGGGGCUGAAAGUAAAGUUUCAGUUGAUGAUUUGUGUAAGAAGGCAGUGGAACAUAACAUCCAAAUUGGGAAGUUUUCCCAACUGGUCAUGAACAGGGCAACAGUACUAGCCAGUUCAUAUGACACUGCUUGGAAGAAACAUGACUUGGUUCGAAGACUAGAAACCAGUAUUUCAUCUUGUAAGACAAGCCUCCAGAGAGUACAACUGCACAUUGCCAUGUUUCAGUGGCAGCAUGAAGAUCUUCUUAUUAGUAGACCACAGGCCAUGUCAGUUACACCUCCACCUCGUUCUGCUAUUUUAACCAGCAUGAAAAAGAAACUUCAUACGCUGAGUCAGAUUGAAACUUCAAUUGCAGCAGUGCAGGAAAAACUGGCAACACUUGAAGCAAGUAUUGAACAGCGUUUAAAAUGGGCGGGUGGGGCCAAUCCUGCACUGGCUCCAGUCUUACAAGAUUUUGAAGCAACAAUUGCUGAAAGAAGGAAUCUUGUCCUUAAAGAAAGCCAAAGAGCAAGUCAGGUAACUUUCCUCUGCAGUAAUAUUAUUCAUUUUGAAAGUUUACGAACUAGAACUGCAGAAGCCUUAAAUCUUGAUGCUUCAUUAUUUGAACUUAUCAAACGCUGUCAGCAAAUGUGUUCAUUUGCAUCACAGUUUAACAGUUCAGUCUCUGAGUUAGAGCUUCGUUUACUACAAAGAGUGGGUACCAAUCUUGAACAUGCUAUUGGCAGCUCUGAGUGGCUUCUGUCAGCACACAAACAACUGAGUCAGGACAUGUCUACUCAAAGAGUGGUUCAAACUGAGAAAGAACAACAGGUAGAAACUGUCUGUGAAACAAUUCAGAACUUGGUUGAUAACAUUAAGACAGUUCUCACUGGUCACAACAGACAACUGGGAGAUGUCAAACAUCUAUUAAAAGCAAUGGCCAAGGAUGAAGAAGCUGCACUGGCAGAUGGUGAUGAUGUUCCUUAUGAGAACAGUGUCAGGCAGUUCUUAGGGGAAUAUAAGUCAUGGCAAGACAACAUUCAGACAGUACUGUUUACAUUAGUUCAAGCUAUGGGUCAGGUGCGCAGUCAAGAGCAUGUUGAAAUGCUGCAAGAAAUAACUCCCACCUUGAAGGAGCUGAAAACACAAAGUCAGAGCAUCUACAAUAAUCUAGUGAGUUUUGCAUCACCCCUAGUCACAGAUGCAACAAAUGAAUGUUCAAGUCCAACAUCAUCUGCUACCUAUCAGCCAACCUUUGCUGCAGCAGUUCGAAGCAACACUGGCCAGAAGACUCAGCCUGAAGUUAUGUCACAGAAUGCAAGGAAGGCAAUUCAGAAAAAUCUUGCCACAUCCGCAGAUACUCCACCAAGCACAGUCCCAGGAACAGGCAAGAGUAUUGCUUGUAGUCCUAAAAAGGCAGUCAGAGAUCCUAAAACUGGAAAAGCUGUGCAAGAAAGAAACUCAUAUGCAGUGAGUGUGUGGAAGAGAGUCAAAGCCAAGUUAGAGGGCCGAGAUGUUGAUCCUAAUAGAAGGAUGUCUGUUGCUGAACAGGUUGACUAUGUGAUUAAGGAAGCAACUAAUCUAGAUAACUUGGCUCAGCUGUAUGAAGGUUGGACAGCCUGGGUAUGAACGGGAAGACCACAGAUCAGUCUGGUUAAGUGAGGUCAGACAUCCACCAGAAUCAACUCGGCCUCAGGCAUCCAUAGCCACACCACAGUCGGUGGUGAUGCAUACUGGGGCUUAAUCUGAGGAAACCUAGGAAAUCUCGGUGCACUAGGAAGUGAAUCCUGCAGGAUAGCUGCACUCAGGGAUACGCUAAACACAAUGGUCUGCAACCCCAGGGUCAAGGGUGAAAGUUCAUCGCCUGAACACCACGAUUGUCUUUCUGCUACGGAACAGCUGCAAACGUGUCAGGAGGUUAGCUGCAGAAAGAAAUCCGAAUGCUACAGAGCGCAGAGUGAUUUGGAACUCCAUUCCACCUGACCCUGUGUGUACAAUCCAGGAAAUACCAAAGCCCGUUCAAAGAGAAACAGAAAACUGGGGCCAUGAAGAAAUCACAGCAAAGGAAGAUUUGAUGCAUUCAGAUUCUUGUGUUACACUUGUUGUGUGGCAGCAAUACUGGUUGGGUUGACCAGUAAGUUUAAAAAAAGAAAGAAAAAAAAAGGCUACGCAAUAUGAACUUCAGAAAUGGACUGAAAGCAGAGAGCUGUGUAACAGAUACACUGCAAUGGAAGAACUUCUGAAAUGAAGAAAAAGUCUGGGUUUCCCCUUUCCUCUACCUUUCCCUGCUCCUCUUUUCCCUACCCUCCCCCCUCCUCGUUUACCCCCUGCCCAUUCUCCUUUUUCCUCCUUUGCCUAGUCUAGUAGAUUAGCCAUAUUUCAAAUAAACUUUUAUUUCAAUCCUUGUAUUUCACGUACUUCAGUCUCAAUGCUGUUGACCUAGAAUCUUUUUUUGAAAAAUGAAAAUAUCUCCAAAAGCACUGAAAACAUUGAAAAUUCAAGGAUUACUUAAAGGUUGAAUGAUCACAUACAAAAUGUAAUUCUGGUUAUUUAAAAGUCAUUUCUGUGAUUCUAUCAUGUACAGUUUCCCAAAUUGUCACUGUGCAUUUAAAAGUAAUUAAUCUAACAGGCAUUUGAUUUAAUGUACACUUCCCUCUGCUAUUGUAGUAGUGUACGUAUGGGACGGGAGGGAUUUGGGGUGGGAGGGCUGUCAUUCAAAAUUUUCCCACAAACCUCAUUCUACCGUGAUUGCUGUAGUUUCUUUCAUAAAAGAGUAGCCAAUCCAAUGUAAUCUUUUACCUUUUUUAAAAACCAGGAUAGAAUAUCUAGUAGAGUUUUACAUUGUUGAUGACAGAUAAACAAUAAAGUGAUGUUCUGGUGGAGGUAGAGUGAUAUGGUUUUUUAAUUCAGUUUCCUCAUUUGAUACUUUUGCAAAAUAAAAAUUCCUUAGUUCAUGUGAUAUUUUAGGACUUUUACAUGUAAUAUUAGUAAGAGAAACCACCAACAUUUUGUUAAAUUAUUAAAGUUAUGUAUAGAGUGUGGUGCUUUAUUAGCAUAACUUUGAUAGUUUACUGUUCAGUAAUAUAUGACAGUGAACUCAUGAUCAAGGUUUCCUUAAAUUUAGUAUUGCAUUUUAAUAUUAAAGUCUUACUCAGUAAACCAAACCAUCCCAUCAAAAAAAUAAAAAUCCUGGCUAGAAUAUGAAUUUUCAAAUCAUAUAACACAAAACAAAAUUAAAACCUUAUAUUAACACAAAAGGGAAAAAAACCUGACAUCCAGUACAGAUUUCAAGCAUGUGGUAAAUUUUUAGACAGUUUACUUUACAGUUUUCACAAAUUUGAAGUGUUAAAAAAAAUUCCAUAUGGUUACAAGUUUUUCUUAAAUUGCUUCAUUACUCUUGAUUUCUUAAUACUCAAGAGAAUGACACCUUAACACUGCCAUGUUGCAAGAAAGAUGGCAGUUGAAUAGUUAUGUGCCUAAUGAAAGAUCCUCUUAAAAUUUUACUUCAUUUAUAAUUAACCUUAUUUUAACAAAACUUAUGCUGGAAUAGUAAUGCCAUAAUGCAUUUUGCAUGCUGCUUUGUUUUCUAGGAGCUAAAAGAAUUGAUUUCAUCUCAUUUGUACUUCUUGCUAUCCAGAAAUGAAGUUGCUUGCAGAGAUGUUUUUAUUAUCAAAAUGAAAAAGCAAGGAAGAAUAUUUUAAAACAUAACCCAACACACAAAUUGGCCUUUACAUGUAGUAUUCAGAAAUGGCUUCCUCUUUAGUAAGGAAGGGAAUAAGAAAUUCCAAGAAGUAUCAGACUUCACAGAUGCCUUGGCACUUUAUCCCAGGUAAUAGUAAAAAAAAACUUUACUGUGAAAGAUAGUACCCAUAUACAUCUAGUAAAUUAUCUAUGCAUGGCCUUUGACAAAAUGGUCCCUUUAACUUUUAAGAAUGACAUCAAAACAAAUGUUUUUCUUUCGGAAAUAUUAACAUAUGGCUCCAAAUGUAUAUUGACAUUUCCUGCACAGCAGUUUGAUUUCUUCAUGGAAUUUAAAUUUCAAAUGGCCUUGCAGUUUUAGACUUCUAUAAGAAUAUUCACUAGUAUUUUCAAAAUAGUGGUGUAGCAGAUCAAAUAGGUCUAUAGAUUUCAUGUUUAUAGUAAAAUGUAAAGAUGAAGCACCUGUGAAACAUAAUUACAUUUGGUCAUAGACAAAAAUAAAAAUAGCUCUGGGAAACAAAGAUUUUUUUUAAUGAUUUAGAUUGAUAAGCAGCUCUUUUACUUUCUCAAGGCUCAAUUAUCCUCAGUGUUAUAUUGUCUUGAGUCAUGAAAUUGCCUGACCUCUUUUUUUAAUGUUUACUUGAAAAAACUGGAGGUAUACUAGUCUGUGGAAUACUUCUAGAAAUUCCACUACUCUUUAUUUGUUCCAUUUUGUUCAUGACUAUUUCUUAUGCAGUUUUCUUGAUGUUUAGGUUAUUUGGAUAACAGUCUAGAUUUGAUCCUAUGGUCCUUGUACAUAGUUCUUAUUGAGGUAAAUGGAAUUCUAUGUAGGGACUGAGAGACUAUAGGUAGAACUGUUGAUCCACUAUUUCAACCCAAGUCUUAAAUUCUUCAUUAGGUUUCAGAUACCAAAGUUUAAGGCUGAAACUAAGAUAUAAUCAUCCAACACUCGAAUUAAAGCCUUCUCUACCUUCUCAUGCUUCAGAUGCUUUUUCUAGUGUUGUAUGUUAUCCACAAUUUAGGGGUUUUCUCCAGUGUUUGGUCCAAUCUUUAAAAUGUAAGGAAAGAGCCAUUUUAAAUUUUUGAGCAGGGCAGUGUGAAUACAGCCAGAUAUUAGAGUAGAAGUAUAGUCCCAAGGCCCUUCUUAGGUUAUAAGCAGUACUUUAACCCUGGAAAGUCUUCCCCCUUCAGUUCACCUCUUUAUUUUUAUAAUUACUCUUGAAAGUUGCUUAUUUGAGCAGAACUAAAACAAAAGGAGCUGGUUCCUCUGCUAUGCUUCUUUUGGCAGUUCUUCCCUGCUUUGGGGACAUAAAAUAUUAUUCAGCCAGUUUCUUUAAUUGAGCCUAAUUGAACUACUCAUUCAAAAGAAAAAUGCAAAUUACUAUUAUCAUCCUUGAAUGUUUUUUACAUUAGAUAGCAAAAUCAGUGACCUAUUCUCAGUUGGCUUAUACAUUAUCAAAAUAGAAUUAAGAUUUUUAUUUUCCUUAAGCUUUGGAGGCAGAAUAUUGUUAAUAUAAGAUUCAGUGAAAUGAAGUGGCUAAUGCUUUAAUGUUUCAAAUUGGAAAGUACCUCCUUUGAAAAAAAACACAGUAGCUUAUCUAUAUAAAAUAAUUUUUUUUCCAAGAAAUAGGAUGGAAAAGAAAUUCACCAUAAUAAGAAGUUGUGUGGGUAUUGUUGCACUUUUUUCUGCUGCUUAAACCUGGGUUAGGAAUAGCAACAUUUCAACCUAACUAAACAAAGUGCAGGAAAACACUUGGCCUGGCCAAGAGAAUCUUUUAUUUAAAGAGGUGGAUUGUAAAACAAGAAGAUUCUAGAUCAAUUGGUUUUCCUUACUAAGUUGUUUGGGUUUAUUAGAAAAAAAAACUGUUGUACUAAUGUAAAAAUGAAAUGCAAUUGUUAGAUGUAUUUUUGAAAGUGGUAAAUGCAUGUUGUUCAGAAACAGACUUGUGGAAAGAUGCUUUGUUUUUAUUAAAACGGGCUGAUUUAAAUAUGAGCAUAUUUUUACAAUAUCAACCCUCAAAUAUUUUGUUCAGCUCAACACUUUAUACCCCUUGUCCAUUUUUUUUUCUGGCAAAAAACAGUUUUCUUUCUCUACCACUUAUAAUGGUAAUUACCAUAUGUGAUAUAAGUAAUUUUUCCAUUCACUCUUUGUGAAGACAAAUAAUUUUAAGUUAACCUUCCUUUUUUCAUAAUAGAACUAUAUAAAAGGAUGUGACUGCUCAGUACAAAGGUUGUAUUACCUUCCCAAGGGAUAUCAUUUUGUGAGUGUAUUAAAGAUUAAAAGUUUACUUAAAUCACACCAACUUCCUGAAAAUGUUGAUAAAGCAACUUUUGGAAAAAAAUUUACAAGCAUACUUUGUGCAUACAUGACAUCAACAUGGUAAAGACUGUAUAAAAUACCUUUUACAAAAAAAUAAAGAUUUAAACUUAACUGG